AGCCAGAACGGCCGCCAGACACAAUCCGCUACUAGAGAGGAGUUUUAGCAAAUAGCAACAAAACAAGCGGGAGAAAAUAGCUUGACCAACACGGAAAUCAAAAGCUAAAGCGCGCGUGUGUGUGUGUGUUUUCAAGUACAACUUGUUAUUAGUUGAUAUACAACCUAAUGUACUUUGUACAGAGAGAAAUCCGCGCACACACAGACCUCCUGCACUCUCCUCACUUCUGCAGAUUGCAACAUUAAAGCAAGACUGUUUGAUUACAUUCACAAGGACCUUCCACUGAGUGGAGAUUUUUGGACACAGACUUUUAAAAACCGAUGGAGAAGCCACUGUCCCCUCGAGAGUCCGGUCAGUUCGUGGCCGAGCGCAGUCGAGAUGUGUUCGUGGAAGAAGAUGGAGUCAAACGUGUGGCUCAGAUGAUCUAUGAUCUCCGUGAGAGCGAGGAGUUCACAGCCAGUGGCUGGAAGAAGAUGAAUCCUCUGGCCCCUCCGCCAGACUCGGACGAAGCUAUCAACUGGGUGUUUGUGACUGACACCAUGAACUUCUCCUUCUGGCCUGAGAGGGAGGAAGAGCAGUGUGAGGUCGUGUGCAGAGGAAGCACCUAUCGAGGGUACAUGUCGCUGUGUGCCGCUGUGACCAGAGCUAUGGAUGAAGGAGUGCCCAUUACCAACCCCACUUACUUCUCUCAGAUCAGUGAGGCCGAGCUGGUGAAAGUCCUGCGCUCAGACAGCGAUACUCCCAUGCCAAUGCUGAGAGAGCGUCACCAGACCCUGACAGAGGCUGGCCGAGUGCUCAUGGAGCAUGGCGGAUCCUUCCGGAUGUUCAUGAGUCGCUGUGAGAAUGAUGCAGAGAAGAUGGUGAAGUACAUUGUGGAGAACAUACCAUCAUACAGAGACGAAGCCAUGUACGAGGGUAAGAGGAUCUCAUUUUAUAAGAGAGCUCAGAUCCUUGUGGCAGACUUCUGGGGCAUCAUGGAGGCACGAGGGGAGGGCAACAUCCCUAACCUGGACUACCUGACCAUGUUCGCUGACUACAGGGUGCCACAAGGCCUCGUGUACCUUGGAGCUUUACGCUACUCUGAUGCCCUUGUGGAGACAUUGAAAAACGGUGAACUGUUGAGCUCAGGUGAGAGGAGAGAGGUGGAGAUCAGGGGUUGCUCCAUCUGGUGUGUGGAGAGAAUCCGGCAGCAUCUGUGGAAGCUCGUGGAAGAGAGAGACAGGAAGACCUGCCACAUCAACUCUGCUCUAAUUGACUUUUACCUGUGGCCAUAUGCUAAAAAACAUCAUAAAGAAAUGGCACAUAUUCCAAUACAUCACACACGCUGCAUCUACUAUUGACAGCAUCAGCUUUCCUUGUUCUUUUUUGUAUCUUGCUGUUUAUACCUUUAAAUAAAGUUAUGAAAAUGA